AUGGACUCUGGGCCCUCUGUCGCCCCAGAAGGAAGCGAGCCUGCGGCUCGGCCGGACGACUACGUUGUGGUGGACGGCCUGAGGCUGGUGAAGCCGUACCACUACGACUUCAAGUGCCAUGUGAAGCGGCGGUGGAUAGGAAGGACGGUGGUGGACGUCUUUUCGAAGGAAUUCCCUGCCAGGGACAAGGAUUACUAUGAGGAGGCACUCAGGGAUGGUCGCCUGCGUGUUGAAGACCUGCGCAAGGGGAAGAUAUGGAAGGGUGGAGUGCUGGAGGAGGGGCAAUGCAUAAGACACCUAAUUCACAGGCAUGAGCCGCCUGUGUUGUCUGAGCCUGUGGAGGUCGUGGGAAUCACUCCAGAGGUGAUGGCAGUGAGCAAACCUCCUGGCGUGCCAGUUCAUGUUUCAGGACAGUACAGAAAGAACACAGUAAUCGGCAUCCUCCAGGCCCACAGUCCGGAUGUAGGUGAACUAUUCCCUGUCCACAGGCUCGACAAACUCGUGUCGGGGCUCCUUCUGUUUGCAAGGAAUGCUGCAGCGGCGAAUACUCUCAGGGAGAAUAUGAUGGACAAAGUGAUGGAAAAACUGUACAUUGCCCGAGUCGCAGGUGCAUUCUCCAAAGAUUCAGUAACCGUCAGCAAGUCCCUCACAUGGGACCCGAAGGCCAACAGGGCAGCCAUAGAGGGUGGAGAUGGGGCUCCAGGCACAAGUGGCAGAGCUGCAGGCCAAAGAGAAGCGAAGCUUGCCGUCACAGACUUCAGGCUUCGAUUCGUGGCCCCCGAUGGCCGGACCAGUGUUGUGGAAUGCAGACCCCGGACGGGACGCACGCAUCAAAUUCGUGUGCACCUUCAGCACUUGGGCCAUCCUAUCGCCAACGACACGCAAUACGGGGGUAGCCUCUCACCCGAGCGGCCAACCGCCAUGGAGUGGAGGCGAUUGAGGCCUGCAGACGCCGGCCCCACCAGGACCUGGGAGUCGUCUCAUCAAGCAAAUUCAGAUUCAGCGUCCGUGGCUGCACAGCACGCUGAGCAAGAAGGCGAGGACGCACCAAUGCGGGCCAAAAGGCGGAAGAUCGAUGGGGUUCGCGAAUCCGGGUCCCCUGCAGAGCGCAUCCAGCAGCAGCCCAUCCGAUCCUCGCCUGCGGACGUCACGACGUCUCCACAUGCAGGGGCCAGCCGCAUUGCAGGUCGCGAUUCCCCUGAUGGGAGUCCCAAGGCACUGUUGCCAGAGGCAGGGGCGAUCCAUUAUCCAGCGACGUCCCAUUGUGCGAUCGAGCGCCCUACCUCCGACACAACUGACUAUCUGCACCCAUCGGCAGCUGUCCAUUCACUUCCGUGUGGGGGCGGCUGCGGUGCAGGGCCGAGUGUCCGGGAUGUUUGCGUGGAUGACCACCUUUCCCGGUACCCCUAUCUCGUGGACAGUGAGCGCCGGGACGCCCUGUGCAUGCACUGCCCGGCCAUGGUGCCGCGGGGCUACCCAGUGGACCUGGAACCCCUAUGGCUGCACGCGGUGCGGUACUCAGGGCCCGCCUUUUCUUUCGACUGCCCCGAGCCAGUGUGGGCACAGAGGGAAUGGACACCAGCGGGUGGACUGCCGCUGGAGAGCAAGGGAAAGGAUGGAACGGGCUGCGCGUUCCCUUGA